AUGUUCUCUUAUAUUUACCACAUCUCAUUUCAGAGGCCAUCCAGUAACAACAUGGAUACUAAAAAUGCAACAAUGCUGUCAACGUUUGUUCUCACAGGACUUCCAUGUCAACUGGAGUGGCAAACCACCCUGUUCCUGGUGUUCUUGGUGAUAUUCCUCAUCACCAGUGUGGGAAACCUUGGACUAAUUUAUCUUAUCUGCAAUGACCCUCACCUUCACAUCCCCAUGUACUUAUUCCUUGGGAGUUUAGCCUUUGUGGAUGCUUGGAUAUCAUCCACAGUGACCCCCAAGAUGCUGGUCAAUUUCUUCACCAAGAACAAAAUGAUAUCCCUCUAUGAAUGCAUGCUACAAUUUUUUUCCUUUGCAUUCAGUGCAACCACAGAAUGUUUUCUGCUGGCAACAAUGGCGUAUGAUCGCUAUGUGGCCAUAUGCAAACCAUUACUGUAUCCAGUGAUUAUGACCAACAGACUAUGCAUCCAGCUGUUAGUCUCAUCAUUUGUAGCAGGACUUAUUCAUCCCAUGAUUCAUGUAGGAUCUUUAUUCAGGUUAACCUUCUGUAAUUCUAACAUAAUACAUCACUUUUACUGUGACAUCAUGCCAUUGUUUAAGAUUUCUUGUACCGACCCUUCAAUUAAUGUUCUGAUGGCAUUUAUUUCCUCUGGGUCAAUACAGGUGUUUAGCAUUCUGACUAUUGUUGUCUCUUAUACCCUUGUUCUCUAUACAAUCUUAAAAAAGAAGUCUCUACAAGGCAUAAAGAAGGCCUUCUAUACCUGUGGAGCCCACCUUCUAUCUGUCUCUUUAUACUAUGGGCCUCUUCUCUUCAUGUAUGUGCGCCCUGGAUCUGCACAAGAAGAUGAACAAGAUAUGAUGGACUCCCUAUUUUACACUGUCAUAAUCCCUUUGUUAAAUCCAAUUAUCUACAGCCUGAGAAAUAAGAAAGUCAUACAUUCACUGACAAAAGUGUUAAAGAGAAAUGUUUAG